UAAGUACAUGCUCUCCCUUCUCUCACCCCAGCCUUACAUGGACAACAGCUCUGUCUAAGCUAAAACUACUUCUACAACUAGGUGUUUUUCUUCACAACAAAACCCCAACACAGUUGUUUAGGGUUCGUUUGGUUCGCGGAUUUGAAAGCAAUUUUUGAGCAUACAGGAACCCCAAGAUCAUGGGAAACUGCAUGGAGACAUGCGCACAGAAGCAGCAAGAAGAGGAUCAAAUGCAGCAGAUGCAGAAGCAGAAAGGAGAUGAGAUUAGGUUUGGGAAGGAAGGCAUUAAUUCGGGGGAAGAUGGAAAAUUGAGGGUAAAGAUUGUGCUGACAAAAGAAGAGCUACAGAUGUUGAUGCUUCAGCUGCAAGACAAAGGAGGGAAGAAGAGCUUAGAAGAAGUUCUGGAGGAGAUCCAGAAAGGCAGAGGUAAGUUAGUACUAGUUGAAGAAGCUUGGAAGCCUUCUUUGGACAGUAUCAUGGAAUGCCCUGAACUAUUUGAAGAUAUGGAUAGAUAGAUCAGUACUCUUUAAAUCCAAACCCUCUUCUUUCUUUAUUUUGUUCAUUCUUUAACUCUGUUUUGUGAGAGUUCUGAUGUGGGUGAUGACCCAGUUCUGUAAUUAGUUAAUUAAAAUUUCAGUGAGUGGGGAGCCCUCAAGUGGUUGAGAUGGAACAUGAACUAUAUGUAUGAUGUUUUCAAGCAAUUUGAGCACCUAAACUUUUCAUGUUCA